AUGAAGAGAGGUGUCAUCCACCAACAAUUUGAAACACCCGUCUCACAAGGUAAUUUACAAAUUAAUGUUCAAGACGAGUAUAGCGACGGUGACAAUUCAGAAAGUUCUGAAGAGGAAGUCCCCCUCCAGUAUCUUCCUCAUAUAAAACAAGAAAAACUCGAAGAAAAACUUGAGAAAGUCGAUAUACAGAAAGACGAGAUCACGGAAAUCAACCGUCAGGCGAUCGGACAGAAGUUGGUCGAACUGGCAUUACAAAAAGAGGAGGAGCAAAAGAAAGCGGAUGAGUCGACUGAGGAGUUUACAAGUGGGGAGGAAUAUGGAGGGGAAGACGAAUAUAAGGCGUGGGAGCUUCGCGAAUGGGAGCGCGUGAAGAAAGAGUAUCUUGCCGAUUUAGAGUUUGAGAAAGACCUUUCGAAGCUCGUCGCCUUUACAAAGAAGGACGAUUCGUCAUCAACACAAGACGACGUAGAAAAGAGGAAGAAGAAGCAGUGGAAGUUUCUUCAGAAAUAUUAUCACAUUGGCUCAUUCUUCUUAGAUGGAAGUGAUUGGGAUGUGACUAAAGGAAAGUGGGACUUUGAUGCGGCCACGGGGAAUGAUUGGAUGGACAAGACAUUGUUACCCAAAGUGUUACAAACGCGUGACUGGGGAAAGAAAGGACGAGCUAAACACACGACACUUCUGGACGAAGACACGUCUCGUCGUAAAUAUGAAUGA